AUGCCUCGACUUGCCAUCUUCACUGUGGACGCCUUCUCCCAGCCCUUUAGCGGCAAUCCUGCAGCCGUCGUCCCCCUUACGCAGGAAUUGGACACCGCCACUAUGCAGAAGGUAGCCACGGAGAUGAACCUGUCAGAGACGGCUUACGUGCGACCUCUGGAUGCUGGCGGAGACAAUCCAUGGGCCAGCUGUGGCCACUUCUCUCUCAGGUGGUUCACACCCAUCAAGGAAAUUCCUCUGUGUGGGCACGCCACCCUUGCCACGGCCCACGUCAUCUUCAAUAACCUUGGUCACUCUGGCGGUCAGGUGGAUUUUGAAACACUGAGUGGCAUCUUGACUGUGCGGAAGGACGGUGAUCAAAUCGUCAUGGAUUUUCCUAACAACGAGGCGACGAGUUUAACAGACGAGGAAGCUCAGCGUCUUAAGCCGCUGGUGGCAGCUACUUGUAGUGGAAUGGCAGUGCAGGAAGUGUUACUGUGUCGGACCCUCAAGUACCUUCUGGUUCGCCUCUCCGAUACCUAUUCCAGUAAAGACCUGGAGGUCCUCUUGCCAGAUUACUCCGCAAUGAGGCGAGCUCAUGAUGGAUCUCAGGUGAUGGCGGUGAUAGUGACUGUGCCGGGAAAGGAAGAUUCCUCUUACCAUGCCUUCUCUAGAUUCUUUGCGCCUUUGUACGGCGUGGACGAGGACCCAGUGACAGGGUCAGCCCACACCGUACUGGGACCAUAUUGGGCAAAGCAUUUGAACACCGACAACCUCACUAUGAGGCAAUGUGGGCAGCGUGGUGGGGACGUGCGGGUGAGGAUGCGUGGCGCCAAUCGCGUGGACCUGGCCGGCCCCGCCACCACUGUCCUGCAGGGCCACAUCAACAUCUAAUUAACACCGCGAUCACCUUUGCCCCACUGACCACAAUUAGAGCAAGAAAAAUUCAUCCACGCUUUCCUUGACCUUGCAAGUGAUGUGUUAGGAUUCGAGUGAGUAAAUAAAGUUGCAGUCACAAAAUAA